CUUAUUCGCUGUCCAAAGGCGAAGUCAUUGUACACCACAUAUCGAGGUUCUGAGCAUUCUUCCCUAGAAGCAUUGGACGGAAUCCAUAUCUCAAAGUAUCUAAUCAAUUACUUGCUAAUGUGUUAAUCAACGAAACAGAACAGCUGCACUGUCCUAUUAGAAUUAUCCCAGCGCAGAGGGGCCCCUAAUUUGAUGAUUUGUACCCAAAUUAUAGCCCCACAAAUAUCCGCCAUCCGCCAAUCACACGUACCUUUCGAUUAGGUACAGAAAUUUGCAUAGUCACAAUUAAUGACUAUAUCCGAUCGGAUGUUGCAAAAAUCCGCGCUGCCGCGUACAGCGUUAAAACGACCCUAUUGCUAUAAAGCGUAAGCGCAAAAUUACGCCAACUUUCAAUGUCUGUUUAGCUUCCGACGACGAAACAAAAUGUCGAUCGAAAGGAAUGGAAUGUUUUACGUGCUGCUCCUCUGUGUAUUUGAAUUCGUCCAUGGGUUGCGAAUCAACAUGACAAUGUUCUCCAACUGCCAAGACGUAAAGCUUCCCUACGAUGAGAUGCCCAUCUCGCUGGAAACGGUACGAUUCGAUCGGGAUUCCCAAGGCGUUUGCGAUACGCUGCAUGCCGAGUAUGAGGUCCGCCAGUCGUCGGACGAUGUUGAAUGGGAACUGAUCAUUACGACGUACCAGUGCGAGCAGCAAACGGACAAAAUAUGUCUGGACAAUCCGAAGGAGUACAUUGAGCCGAUGCAUUGUGACCGGUUCCAUUCGGAUGAUAGUGGGCCCUGGUUCUUCAUCGCCAGCUCCAUGUCCAAUGGUGAUCGGUGUGGACGGUUUACGGGCCGCUACAAUCUAGAUGCAGCUGUGCUGAAGAUCAAGUAUCUGGAGCAGUACAUCGCCAUGGGCAAGGGUACGUAUCGCGUUCGGAUGCUGUUCCACAUCCCCGGCACGAACCUGGACACGCUGAACGUGCGUGGAUGCUGCGAGAUGGACUUCGACGUGAUUGAUUGAUUGAUUGGCUGUGACUGGAUUGGAGACACGGCAGAGACCCGAUAUGCUGAAACUGUACAAAUGAUCACUAUAAGUCGCACGGACAUACAAGUAAAGACAUUCAACUACUCCCUAUUGCAAAUUCUGUCCCCGGGCUGUUUUGGUCAACCGUAAUUUUGAAGCACUUUGCCAACUGUCGGGCAAACAAGAGAAACGGCCACAUUAAGCUCCAAUCGGUACUGUAUUUGAUUCUGUAUCAGAGACAUUCCGUAGUACAUUGGUUUUUAAACGGUUUUGGGGGUACGGUUGAGUUUGGUAGACGACGCUGUAACCUAAAGCUGAUUCACUUUGUUUUCCAAACGAUUCCAAACGAUCACAACGAUUUUCCUAAAGAUUCAAAUACGGGUCAAGGUCGGCAAGGCUUUUCGCUAAGCUCCUCUGUGCGCGCGUGAAUAGUUUUAGCUUAUUGUCUUUGCUCGCGACGAUCAUUCUCUCCCCAUUCUGUGCAAACACAACAGAAGGACAGCAGAAAACUCCUUUACGAAAGUGCCUUGAUGAACCACGAUGCGGUAACCAAUAAAUAAAUUUGAUUUAUUCCUCGAUGUCUGGUUUAAAAAUAAGAGUAGCGCAUACAAACAAACAAACAGCAAACAAAAAAGCUAUACAAAAAAAGAUCUUGUUCAACAAGCAAAU